UUAGUCGUCAAUCUGUUUCCUUCUCUGGAAAACUCUCCAUCUCUCUCUGUACUUUUUCACUUUUGGAACGAUUACUCACCUCUGACCUUCACCACUCCCGCCAUUCGACUAAAACUAGGGAUUCUUGCUAACGAAGCUACAGACAAUACACCAUGAGGAAAUCGGUGAAUCGUCCUCCGACACCGGAUGUAGUGGAAAAUCAGGAAAAAGAACCCACGCUUCAAGAACUUCUUAACAUAAAGUUGAUCGAGAGUGGUGAGAAGGAAAGGCUAAUGGAGCUUCUUAGAGACAGGCUUAUAGAAUGUGGGUGGAAAGAUGAAAUGAAAUCUCUUUGCAGGCAAUUUAUAAAGAAAAAAGGGAGGAAUAAUGUUACUUUGGACGACCUUGUACAUGUCAUUACCCCAAAGGGGAGAGCCUCCAUUCCUGAUUCUGUAAAGGCUGAGCUUUUGCAAAAGAUUCGUACUUUUUUGGUGUCAGCAGCUGUUUGAUGAAGCUUUUCAUUGGAUUGGCUUAGUUCGGUUCACUAGCACAUGAGCUUGAGAUCAAAAUGUUUCAUAAGAUCAUCACAAGAUUAACUUUGUGUUAUGAAGGAACUGAGAAAUUCUGUGCUGUAAUAUAUCUUUAUUGACAAAAACGAUUUUGUAAUGAAUUUAUACAUUGUUUGUCCGCACUUGAAUUGUUGCUUGCUAGAGCCUAGAGCUAGAGUUAUCUAAUGGAUUAACAUCAAAUGAAAUCAUUUCAUUUUAAGUUA